AUGGCGAGUCCAGACGGUGGAGCUGCCCCAGCUUCCCUAGACGAUCCCAACCGCUUGUACGAGGAUGGAGUAGACUCGAUAUCAGGCAGCUCCCACAUAGGGAGUGAUGCCUCAAGCACCUCUCUAGAACGAGGAGACUGUCGCUGGAGGAAUGCCCGAUACCACGACAUGGAGUGCUCCCGAUACUUCGACUGCCCUACUCACGUCGUGGAGAGACAGCUCUCUGACGACGAAGCCGAAGAUGGCGAUGCGGGGGAGGACGAACCAACGGUGCAUCUUCAGAUGGAAGACGACACGGCCGAAAAUUCUUCGAGUGCAAGGCUACGAACCAUCGAGCCCGCCGUGCCAGAUGUAACUUCAGAGCCGAGAGCAAGCUUUGCGCCCGAGCCCGAGCCGACGACUACGGACCAACCGACAGAACCAGCAAAUUCAGCACAGGCAACCUCAGCACGGGGUACUCAAGGGCCUGAUGAGUCUCAGGAUCCCGAAGAAGCCGCACCGGCACCACCAACGCCUUUGAGCUCUCGACUUUCAGAGUCUUCCCAACCUCUUCCACCCACCGCAACACCUGCGCAACCCACUGGAGAGUUUGUCCCGCCGGAAAGGUCAUCGAGUUUGGCAACCUCGCAAGCUGCAAACGUAUCGUUGCACGAAUUGUCUCUUCGUCCAGCCUUGUCAUCGAGUCGACCACCUACGACGCCGCCCCCGCCGCCAGCUAGACGAUCGAGCUCUUCAGCUGCUGUUCCGCCCGUCUCGCGGGCCCAGCAGAGUUCUGAGGAGAGGAGCAGCCCUCCCGAGUUUAUCUACCCAAGGUGGCAGCCAGACGCAGAGGUUACUCUCUGUCCGAUAUGCCACAUACAGUUCAGCAUUUUUGUUAGAAAACAUCACUGCAGGAAAUGUGGUAGAGUCGUGUGUAACGCCUGCUCGCCUCACCGAAUCACGAUUCCUUAUCAGUAUAUUGUACAACCGCCAGGACAACCGCGGCUCGCGGCCCAGAGAUACCCGUCGUCUCUCAUCAGUGGUGAGGGAGGAUAUGCAGAUUUCAGCAAUCUCGGCGGAGGAGAGCGAGUUCGUCUAUGCAACCCAUGUGUCCCCGACCCCAACACCACGCCGCCUCAACAGCCGCUCGGCUCGCCGUCACAGUUAUCGCCCCGGGGCUCGCAUUACAGAUCACAAAGCAGCAUCGGCACAAUGUCCAGCAAUGCGCCCCCUCCCAAUCGGUUCUCGGGCUACUUUACGUCGGGUCCUUCCCCGGAGACCUACGCGCGGUCUAGAAGCAUCACGCAUUCCGGCUCCGGUGGGCCCUCAGGCUCUCGCGGACAUCACCAGUCUACCCAAAACCGGAUAAUGGCGGGGACCCCUCCAACAUACUACCCUUCGUCAUCGUCCGGCUACCCGGGCUCAUCCCGUUACCGGUCUAUGCUGGACGUUGGCCCGUCUUCUUCAUCGUCAGCCGCCCAUAACCGUGCACUACCACCGCCGCCGCCCCAGAUCGCUGAGGAGGAUGAGUGUCCCGUUUGCCACCGGGAGCUGCCCUCACGCAGUCUGCCCAACUUCGAGGCCGUACGAGAGACGCACAUCAACACCUGCAUCACUGCCCACAGUACAUAUAGCGGCACGCCGACGGGUGAGACGCCACAGGAUACCGUCGGGACACCGCCUCCUUUGGCCGUGCGCCGGACUGGCAUGUUUCCCUAUGUGGCAACGGAGAAGGACUGCGUCGACUCUGCCGAGUGCACCAUCUGCCUUGAGGAGUUCGAGAAUGCCUUUGCCGUUUCCAUCGGUCUUGCAUCUCGGCCUGGUUUGUCAAUCAUCCCGGACGGUGUCCCGUCCACCAGCAUGAUAGUUUUGGCUAUUGAUACAUAG